UAGUCGCUCAGAUGACCCUCCAUACGGCAGGUCAAAAGCUUUGCGCAUACGGCAUGUCCAGAACUACGCGCAUACAGCAAGGUAGCCCUUCCAUCAGAUUCAAUCCGGAUGCAGGUCUCCCCGGCCAUAACGUUAGCAGCGAUACGAGAGUUUAGCUGCGAUGCGGCGUGGAAGGCUAGGCGCGAUGCGGCGGGGAUGGAAGGUGCACUCGCGCGCCCAUCUGUAGAAGACCUUACUCCGUUCGCGGAAGCCUGCCUUCCGUCGCGGGGAGGCGCGUACGGCAGUCAGACGGACGAGCACACGUCGCCCAAAUAGCGCAGGGAAUGGGCGCAUAGCUCUGAGUGCCGCCCCGGGAGGACUACGCACGGCAGCCAG